AUGACAAUUUGUGCACAAUGUUUCGCAAGCACUCAGGAAACAAGUCUUGAGAGAUUGUCUUACUUUAAUAACUUCUUUCCAUCAGACUCUAACGUCGUUUUUUCUCACUUCGAAGGAAUAAGUCGCAUUACUUGUGCUACGAAGUGUAUUGAGGAUGAACCCCUUUGUACCGGAAUCCUCUACUACAAUGUGGCAAAAUCGUGUAAGCUACUGAACACUCAUUUAUAUGAAACUUCGCUCAUUUAUCCACAGGACGGAUGGAGGUACUGGAGAAUCGUGGACUGUGAUCCUGGAUGGACGUUUUAUUCAGGAUAUUGUUAUAAUUACUUCAAUCAAACAAAAGUGUCAUGGUCUGAUGCUGAGAUUCAGUGUGAAAGACACAAUGCUUAUCUUACGGAUGUAAAUUCCUUAGAAGAAAAUACAUGGAUUUUUGAAAAACUUUUUGAUUCAGAAGAGUGCGGAGUAGCUGUGAACUGUUUUGUUUGGAGUGGUGGGUACGAUCAUGACACAAAUGGCACUUAUAUUUGGACGGGAAAUAACUCUACUGUUCGGUUGGUCUCUACGUGGGCGCCUGGUGAACCGAACGAUGGGUGGGGCGAUGAAAACUGUAUUGCAAUAUUACGCUCAACAGGGAAGUGGUACGAUGCUCCCUGUUACUUUAACUUAUCAUAUGUUUGCAAAAAAGUUUAUAUAUAAAGUACAAAUAUACCUGGGCAAUUGAAGCGUUUCUUCUGUGUUCUAAAUCUGUAUGACAGACAUGCAUGUAAAGGAACUAACCUUAAACGGAUGAUAAAAAUACUGUGCAAAUCAGAAU